UUUUCAUUAGGUGAACUGAUGUACUAAAAUUAUUUGCUAGCAAACAAAAUCAACAAAACGUGAGUCCUCUAGAAAUCUCUAUUGAAGAAGCAUCUUGUUUACAAAUAUUCCCAUGCAACCUUAUCAUGUUGCAUUAGUUCAUACCUGGUCUUUGGAGAGUUCUUUAGCAGUGGGCGGAGUAUACUAGCACUCUUUUGUGCAGGGAUCCAGUCCUCCUAACUCACGUAAACAAGGCAAGGAUAAGAGAAAAUGGCAUCAGCUUUGUGCAGUAUGACUGGCAGCAGCAAGAUGAGUGCAACUUCUAAUAAAUAUUGCACAUUGUCCUCUGUACCUGCUUUUGCUCCUAGCUCACUCAAGGGCUUAAACAAAAGGCAGACUUUGAGAUUGCAAAAGAGGGAUAUGGCACUUAAUGUAAGAGCUAUGGCAAAAGAAUUAUACUUCAAUAAAGAUGGGUCAGCAAUGAAGAAGCUGCAGGCGGGUGUCAAUAAGCUUGCAGAUCUUGUUGGAGUCACUCUGGGACCAAAAGGCAGAAACGUUGUUUUAGAGAGUAAAUAUGGGGCACCAAAAAUUGUGAAUGAUGGUGUGACUGUUGCCAAAGAGGUUGAGUUAGAAGAUCCGGUAGAGAACAUUGGAGCCAAACUGGUUAGGCAAGCUGCAGCAAAGACAAAUGAUUUGGCUGGUGAUGGAACCACCACGUCAGUGGUUCUUGCACAAGGUUUAAUAGCCGAAGGCAUAAAGGUUGUUGCAGCUGGAGCGAAUCCCAUUCAGAUUACUAGGGGUAUUGACAAGACAGUGAAAGCUUUAAUUUUUGAACUAAAAGCUCUAUCAAAGGAGGUUGAAGAUAGUGAGUUAGCAGAUGUGGCUGCUGUGAGUGCUGGGAACAAUUACGAGGUAGGAAAUAUGAUAGCAGAGGCCAUGAGCAAAGUUGGUAGGAAGGGUGUAGUAACCCUUGAAGAGGGAAAAAGUGCAGAAAAUAAUCUAUAUGUUGUAGAAGGAAUGCAAUUUGACCGCGGAUAUAUUUCUCCAUACUUUGUGACUGACAGUGAGAAGAUGUCUGUGGAGUAUGAGAAUUGUAAGCUAUUGUUGGUUGAUAAAAAGAUAACAAAUGCAAGAGACAUGAUUAGUAUAUUGGAAGAUGCCAUUCGUGGUGGUUAUCCCAUCUUAAUAAUUGCUGAAGACAUUGAGCAAGAAGCCUUGGCAACCCUUGUCGUGAACAGGCUUCGAGGUGCACUAAAGAUUGCUGCUUUAAAGGCUCCUGGAUUUGGAGAAAGGAAAAGUCAGUAUUUGGAUGACAUUGCUGUGUUGACAGGAGGCACUGUCAUUAGAGAUGAAGUGGGGCUGGCCCUUGACAAAGUUGGGAAUGAGGUUCUGGGAACUGCUGCCAAGUUAGUACUGACAAAAGAUUCAACAACAAUAGUUGGUGAUGGAAGCACUCAGGAGGCAGUUGAGAGAAGGGUAACUCAAAUUAAAAGCUUGAUUGAGGUUGCUGAACAAGACUAUGAGAAAGAAAAAUUGAAUGAAAGAAUUGCUAAACUAUCUGGGGGAGUUGCAGUUAUACAGGUAGGAGCACAAACAGAGACAGAGUUGAAGGAAAAGAAGCUAAGAGUGGAGGAUGCCUUGAAUGCAACAAAGGCAGCUGUUGAGGAAGGUAUUGUUGUUGGUGGAGGGUGUGCUCUCUUGAGGCUUGCUUCAAAGGUUGAUGCUAUUAGAGAGACACUUGAAAAUGAUGAGCAGAAGAUUGGUGCAGGUAUUGUUAAACGAGCUUUGAGCUACCCUGUGAAAUUAAUUGCAAAGAAUGCUGGUGUAAAUGGAAGUGUUGUGGUUGAAAAGGUUCUUUCCAAUGAUAACCCCAAAUAUGGAUACAAUGCUGCUACAGGCAGUUAUGAAGAUUUGAUGGCUGCAGGAAUAAUUGAUCCGACUAAGGUGGUGAGAUGUUGCUUGGAGCAUGCAGCAUCAGUGGCAAAGACAUUUUUAACAUCUGAUGUUGUGGUUGUUGAAAUCAAGGAACCAGAACCAGCUAUGCCUGCUGGAAACCCUAUGGAUAACUCAGGUUAUGGGUACUAGGGGGAAAACUUGAAUAAAACAAACCAAGUUUGUAUUAAUCGCACAGACUAAUUAAAUGUACAUGAAAAUUUGAUAGCUAUAUUCUUUCAGCUAAAUAGAGUUGAAAAUUUUGGCUGAAAGUUCGGCAUUUUCUGAAGAGCAUCACUUAGUGACAUCUGCAAUUAUUUGGCAGGGUUUUUUUCUUGUGGAAGAGAAUUUGUAUAACACUGGUGGUAUUAUAAUGGGAUUAUGAGAUUUUAAUUUUUUCGUAAGUUGGGAUUUGCUAGGUGUAGUUGGAGGUCUUGUUACCCAUUGAGAAUAAUGAGGUUUCUAUUUAUCGAUAUGGUAUUUUGUCUCA